AUGACGCAGAUGCCGCCGCCGCUUCUGGCGCCGCCUCCGGAGGGCUUUGAGGGCGCUGUGCUUGCAGGCAAAGCCAAGGCCAACCUGCUGGGGGAGAAGAUCUUCUUCUCGGGCUGCCUAGCUGGAGCCUUCAUCGGCUAUGGCGCCUACCUGGCCUGCACCGUAGGAGGGAACUGCCCGGGCCUGGCCGAGACAAACCCAGGGCUCCAGAAGUUGAUCUUCGGCUCCUUUGGGCUUCCCUUCGGGCUCUUCAUGACGGUCCUCUCGGGCACGGAGCUCUUCACGGGCAAUGCGGCGAUUGUGACCAUGGCGGUCUUUGAGGGAAAGGCCGAUCUGCAGCAGCUGGCGAGGUCCCUGCUGCUUUCCUGGCUGGGCAACUUGGUGGGUGCAGUGGGUGUAGCUCGGCUGGCAAUUACGGCCGGCACCAUGCCCGGCGGCGGUGCUACUGUGACGCUGGCGGUGGCCAAGACUUCGCUACCCUUUGCCACGGUCUUUGUGCGGGGCAUCCUGUGCAACUGGCUGGUGUGUAUGGCGGUGUACAUCGCUUCGAUGGCCAAAGACACUGCUGGCAAGGCCAUAGCCAUUUGGUUUCCCAUCUCUGCUUUCGUUACAUUGGGAUUGGAGCAUUCGGUCGCCAACAUGUUUAUCAUCCCGGCGGGCAUCUUCGCGGGCGCCAAGGUGUCCUGGGCGCAGUUCCUGCUCCAGAAUCUGCUGCCCGUCUCACUCGGGAACAUGUUUGCCGGGAUGUUUCUUGUGGCGCUGCCAUACUGCAUACUUUUCGGCCGGAAGAAAUAG